GAAUAAUUAUAAUAAGGCCUUUCGUGUCUAUAUAAACCCUAAUCCUAUGAUUCUCGUUUCAUACAUAACCUGUUGAUUUCACUAGUAUAAUCUCGAAUCAAAAGAUCAGUAAAAGCAAGCAGCAAAAAUUAAAUGGCUGCAAAUGAUGUGCCAUGUUGUGAAACUAUGUUUUGGGUGUAUUUAGCUUCAUCAAUUGCCUUGGUUAUUUUUGCUGGACUCAUGUCUGGUUUAACCCUAGGUUUAAUGUCCCUUAGCCUGCUUGACCUUGAGGUGCUCAUCAAGGCUGGUCAACCUAAUGAUCGCAAGAAUGCAGAAAAGAUUAUGCCCAUAGUCAAGAAUCAACACCUACUCCUAUGUACGCUUCUCAUAUGCAAUGCCAUAGCCAUGGAGGCUUUGCCAAUUUUCCUUGACUCGAUUCUCCUGCCUUGGACUGCGAUAUUGAUAUCUGUAACUCUUGUGGUUGCUUUUGGUGAGAUUAUACCCCAAGCCGUGUGCUCACGAUAUGGACUAGCUAUUGGUGCAAAGCUCUCGUUCAUAGUUCGGUUUCUUGUCAUAGUUGUCUUCCCCAUAGCCUAUCCUGUCAGCAAGCUUUUAGACUUGAUCCUUGGUAAAGGACAUUCCAUGCUUUUACGACGCGCAGAGCUUAAAACAUUGGUCGAUAUGCAUGGAAAUGAGGCGGGAAAAGGCGGAGAAUUAACACAUGAUGAAAUUACAAUUAUAACCGGAGCUCUUGAUUUAGCACAGAAAACGGUCAAAGAUGCCAUGACACCAAUAUCCGAAAUAUUUUCCCUCGAGCUCUACUCUAAACUCAACGAGGACACUAUGAGUUUGUUAUUAAACAAAGGGCAUAGCCGUGUUCCUGUGUAUCUAGGAAGACCAGAAAAUAUAAUUGGCCUUAUUUUGGUAAAAAGUUUAAUCAAAUUUCGAGCUGAAGAUGAAGUUCAAAUUAAGAAUCUCAGUAUCCGGAAAAUCCCAAGGAUUCAUGAAUGUUUACCGCUGUAUGAGAUGCUAAAUUUGUUCCAGAAAGGACAAAGCCACAUGGCAGUUGUUGUAAGAAGUAAAAUUGCUCUCAAUACACAUAACAAUUCCUCUGGCCAGCUGUUAACUCAGAUUAAAGUAGAGAAAAAAGGUCAAAAUACAAAACUGAGCAUUUACAGAUCUUCAAGUGAUCCUACAUCUCAAAAUCCCGCACCAGAUCAAAAUAUUUCAAGUGUUCUAGACUCAUUCCCUAAUCCAGAUGAAGAAAUUAUUGGUCUUAUAACAAUGGAAGAUGUUCUUGAAGAACUUCUACAGGAACCUAUUCUCGAUGAAAGGAACGAAUAUGUCGAUGUAGACAACAUAAUGAAAAUAAACAUGCUUCCAUCCACGUUAAGAUCGGGGGCAACAUCAGCAUCUAAUUAUGAUUGGAAAACUUUGGUGUCAUCUCCACUUCAAGCAUCACCAAUUUCUUCACACCAUCAAACUUCUGCAAUAACUUCACCUAUUUCACCAUUUAUCCAGUCACCCUUCAAAAAACCAACAUCAUAUACUUCUCCGACAAAGUCUACACCAAAUUCUCCUAUGGGCCACGUCAGCAGCUCACCAUCUUCAUAUAAGGUCUCAAGGAAAUCAUAUGAGAAGCUCGAUAAACCUAGUAAUAAGUAGUUCUUCAAUCUCUUACACUUUAUCACCUCAGAAAUAAGUGUAUAAGCUUCGAGGAGCUUUGUUUUUUCUUCUUCUGUUAACUUUAUGUGGAUGCUAAUAAACUGAUCUUGUUUAGGGA